GGCGCAGCGCAAUGACGUCAAUUACAGUCGACGGCGCUGCUCUUUAUUGUGUUUACUAGCCGUCGAGAUCGUCUAAAGAUGGAUUAAAUAUGUACUAGCAAAUUAUUUGAUCAGUUCUUUAUAAUAUUAUGGACUGGUCGAUGAUUUAGCGGAGUUUUGGUGACUCUGAUUUCUGCAAAAAUGAACAAAGGUUGGCUUGAGUUAGAAAGUGACCCGGGGUUGUUCACACUCUUGGUGGAGGACUUUGGUGUGAAGGGCGUUCAGGUGGAGGAGAUCUAUGAUCUUCAGAGCAAAUGUCAAAGUCCUGUGUAUGGCUUCAUCUUCCUCUUUAAGUGGAUCGAGGAGCGAAGAUCUCGGCGUAAAGUCUCCACGCUGGUGGACGAAACCUCCGUUAUCGAUGACGAGAUUGUUAACGACAUGUUUUUUGCUCACCAAUUGAUACCGAACUCCUGUGCUACUCACGCUCUUCUGAGUGUGCUUCUGAACUGCAGCGGCGUGGAGCUGGGAAACACUCUGAGCCGCAUGAAGGCUUUCACCAAGGGCUUCAGUCCUGAGAGUAAAGGUUACGCCAUUGGAAAUGCCCCUGAGCUGGCGAAAGCACACAACAGCCAUGCCAGACCGGAGCCACGGCACCUGCCGGAGAAACAGAACGGCAUCAGCGCCGUGAGAACGAUGGAGGCGUUUCACUUCGUCAGUUACGUGCCAAUCAAAGACCGGCUGUUUGAACUGGAUGGGCUGAAGGCGUAUCCCAUCGACCACGGGCCGUGGGGUGAAGACGAAGAGUGGACCGAUAAAGCCAGACGGGUCAUAAUGGAGCGAAUAGGACUGGCCACUGCUGGAGAGCCCUACCAUGACAUCCGCUUCAAUCUCAUGGCGGUUGUUCCAGAUCGCAGGAUAAAAUACGAGUCCAGGCUUGACGUCCUGAAGAGGAACAGGCAGAUUAUUCUAGAAGGGCUCCAGCAGGUUAGAGAGAAAAAAGUCAUUCGAAUAACCCAACAAGAAUCAGGUCAGGAUCGUAAGCAACAGGACUCCUCCUCUUCAGAAGACACCCCCCCUGCUAUUAAAAAGGAGGAAGGGCAAGACACACCAAUACCUUUGGGUGCCGAGCAGGCCACACCCACAGAAACUCAAGAAGGUGCUGUUGCUCUACCAAGUCCCGCUGGAAAAGUCAGACCCAUGGCUAAACCUGCCACCGUGCCAACAGCGGGCGCUCCGCCACCAGCCCCUCUACCUGUUCCCAGCCCCAACCCCAUCGUCCAGCGUCUGCCAGCAUUCCUGGACAACCACAACUACGCCAAGUCCCCCAUGCAGGAAGAAGAGGAUCUCGCUGCGGGUGUGGGACGCUCACGCUUACCUGGCCCCCCUCAGCCCCCUUAUUCUGAUGACGAGGAUGACUAUGAUGACGAAGAGGAGGAGUGUAGCACUACAGAUGCCACAAGCAGCAGGGUCCGAAGAAAGGUGGGUCUACGUGCACGUACCAUGGGACGCAGUGGAGUGGCCGGGGUUGCGGCAAUGGAGGGUCAGCUAGCACUCAGCGUUUUAGCUGAGAAACUCAAGAAGGAGGUCCAGAGGAAGGACGCCAUGGCCACAACAGGAUCCACACCUCUGAAUGUACGUACCGAGGGUCGCACGGGCGGGAUCAGCAUCACCUCGGCCUGCCAGCCUUCGCCCACACCCAGUAACGAAAGCACAGACACUGCCUCAGAGAUCGGCAGUGCGUUCAACUCACCGCUGCGCUCACCCGCACGGUCGCAAGCAGCUACGCGUCCCUCCAGCCCCGUGGCGGCACACUUGAGCCGUGUGCUGUUCGGAGAAGAGGAGGGGCUGCUCCGGUUAGAUGCCCGACACAAUCGAGCCGUCCGAGACUUGGGGGCACUAGUGAGCUCCACACUUUUGCAACUGCAAGAAGAUGGCGUCUUGUUUGCCCUGCCACCUAUAGAAAUUAUGGAGGGGUUGAAGAAAUCAGAUAGUGUGGAGAAGAAAGAGAAGGAAGAGGCGACCUGUCCAGGAGGAGAGGAGGAGGUCAAGGAGGGACCAUCGGUGGAGAUGAAACAGGAGGAUGUCAAAGAGUCAGUCGACGUCAAAUCUGACAAGGAGAACCUGCCGUCCAUUGACGCCACCACUGAGACCAGCACCAAACCUCCUGGAGAGAAAUACACUCCUAAAGAGAUGCUGGCCUUGUUGAAGUACGUGGAAGCAGACAUCACCAACUACGAAGUGUGUCUGAAAGAAGAAGUGGAGAAAAGGAAAAAGUACAAGAUCGAUGACCAGAGGAGGACUCAUAACUACGACGAGUUCAUCUGCACCUUCAUAUCAAUGCUGGCACAAGAAGGCAUGUUAGCGAGUCUGGUGGAGCAGAACAUCUCUGUGCGUCGCCGACAGGGCGUAAGCAUCGGCCGGCUCCACAAACAACGCAAACCCGACCGGCGGAAACGCUCACGGCCGUACAAAGCCAAGCGCCAAUAAAGUACAGAAUGGCAGCAACUCGAAGGCGCAAUCUUUCCGAGACAUUGUCCAGACACAUUUCUAAAGACAAACAACAAUAACAAACACCUCAUUGACAGUGUUAGUGAUGAUAUCAAUUCAAAUAUUGUUUUUUAACCUCAUUAUGAACUGCCCACAUCCAUAGUACACCACCACUUCCAAAGCAAACUCGUGAUGCUCAGAAUAUGUUUAGAGAUACUGAACCUUUUGUCAUGUUGCCAUAUGGAAUCCUUACUUAGUACUGUACCAAGCUAAUCAUAAAAACAAAAAUCAUUGCAGCAACAUAUUGGGAAAACAACUGUUAGUGCCAUUGAGUAUCGGGGCUGGAGUGAUUCAGGCUUUAAAAUCCAAAGAUUCCAAGGAAUCUAAUCUCCAGACAUCCCAAAUAUCCAGUCAAAGUGCUACCAAAGAUAACAGCGCUCCAGAUUCACUCAAACAGUGCUGGGUAUGUCUAUUGUUACCAAAUGGACCAAUCGCCAAUCUGGAUGGGAUUCUAGAGGUGUGUUAACCGCCGUUCUGGGAUCAAAUAUUCGAUAUUCAGUAAUUGUGUUGAUAAGAAUACUAGACAAAAAGGAUCCAAUAUUGGCACUGUCACUUUGGGAUAUUUUAAGAUUGUAAACUUGAGUUGGUUUGUGAAUGUGUAUUGGUUCAUUUCAUAGAAAUCAUCACUGUAAGAGUAAAAGAAGAAAUUGUUUUGAUUAUAUAUAAAUGUUCUUCGCAAAUUUCUUUUUGUUGGUAAGCGGUAGACCAGUGGGUUUUGUAACAGAUAUGUUCUGUUUGUUUGUACAUAUGUAUUUGUGUUAUUUUAUGUCUAAACAAGACUGUCAGAUCCAGACAUUAAAAUAAAUGUUUUGAAUUACA